UACGCUUAUUCAUAAUUUUCAUAAAUUCAGUCUGUCGCUGUUAUUGACCACGAGCGCUUUGCACGGCAUCUUUUUUUUGCGUUUUAAUUCUCUUCAUAACAAUUAUUUGUAUUCAAAAUUCCUUGGACCAUGGAACUCCGAUCGAUUUUAAACUUCGUCCUUAAAGGAGUUAAAUUGGUUCUCGGUCUAAUCAUAGUUAUUUUGUACCGAACAGGCAGUAAUGGCGACUUCUUGGGCGUCGGUGGUACCUGGAACUUGAACGAAGAAAAAAGCCCAGACUCCGAAAUUGUUGCUUCCGGCGUGAUUGUUGGAUUUCUUAUUUAUGGAUCAGCGAUUUUAGUAUCGGUUCUACUAGGAGGAAAAGAUCAUGAAGAUUCAAUCGUGGAUGCCAUUAUGAACAUCGCAGGAGGCAUUUUAUACCUCGCCGUGGCCGGAACAUGUCUACAUUAUUGGCAUGGAUUUAUAGCUGACAGGGGCCUAGAAGAAAGCACCGAACGAGUGAUUGGGCUCACACUGGGUUCUCUGUGCGUUUUUCAAGCCCUGUUCCAUCUUAUCGAUGGUGCUCUGACGUGCAUCAACGUGGUGGAAUUUUAUUAGGCGAAAAUACAAUUUUUUACCUUUUUAUACGAAAAGUAUUUCGAAUUUUUACUCAUAUUGAAUUUAUAUUUCUGAAUUAUUGAAAGAUGCUCUUGUACUUACUUAAUAGUUUUCAACUUAUUUUUGUAAAAGCAAAAUAGUGUAGUAAAUUCUAAUUUUAAGAUCAUUUUAUUUGUAUGAUUUUGUACAUAAGUCGUUUUGUAUUAAAUGCAGUAUCAGUUGUUAUUUUUAAAAUACAAUGUAUAUGUUCCGCGAUAUUCACUCACAAGAUCUUGAAUGUAAUAAAUGUAAUUCAAGAAAUUUUAUCCUUUUUAUUUAUUAUUUGAUAAACUUAAUGAACACGUGUGGGGCGUUGAUUAUUAAUAAUACUAUUUA